AUGGCCAUUGAGAAGGCUGAGGUUCUGCAGCCUGGGAAGGUUGACGACAUCAUGAUCCUAAGGUGUAUAGACAAGCAUUUGGAGCCUUGGGAUCCUGGGAAAUUUGAGGUGGUUGCAACGUUGCAAAGCUGCCCCCGGAAUGCUGGCCAAGUAAGACUAGUGCAGGAGCGCUCUACAGGACGCCGCCUGGCGGUGAAGAGAAUGCCAUUGUCAUGGACCUGCAAGGAUGCAGAUGCUUUUCGGUUCACGUACCCGUCCGAGACGGAGGUGCCGUGGAUGGACAUGGCUGCCACGAGGUGGCUGAACCUGGUCGGCUUCCAGCACUGCAUCGAUUUUAGAGGAGUCUUCCGAGACGAAGACUACAUUGCCUUCGUCAUGGGACUUGCCGAGGGAGGAGAUUUGUUCUCCUUUGUUGAUGCGAUGGGACUUCCAGUUCCUGGUCCUGCACUUGAAGAAGCAUUACAGCCUAUAGCGGUAGAAUUUCUGUUUGCUGUUGCUCGUCUUCAUCGGUUGGAGCUCAGAUGA